UCAGCAGUGCUGUCUCGGUGGUUCGGCGAAACAGUACCAGUCUCCAUCAUCAGAUGUGCGUGUUUGUGUCUCCAUCAUCUUCCGUGUCAAUUGUAGUUCGCUUGCCUUUUAGGCGGUAGCACUCGCUGCGUUUGAACGUCAUUACCAUCGUCGGUGUCGACCUAUUCCAAGCUGCUUUGCUGCCACCGAAGAAAUUUCCGGCCCUCGGAAACAGGAACACCCCUGGCAUUACGAGCUCUAGACGAUCGAGAGAAUUCACCAAUGAAGUGGCGGUAAACUGAGACAACAAUGACAGUCGACUUCCGGGAUUUCUUCUGGGGCGAGAGAAAUGCCGGAUUCGAGCUUCUCUACCGAAACUGCAAACAGAGUCAGGCGACGGCCAAAGAGUUGGUGGACUUCGUCCGAGAACGCAGCCAGAUCGAGGAGAACUACUCGAAGCUUUUGGCGAAGCUAGCGUCCUCUCGACUGCUGGGCAGCGGUUCUUCCGUAGCGCCGCUAUGGGCUGUCCUCAGGAGUUCGACCGAAAAAGCGGCUUCCGUGCACUCGCAAUUGGCGCAUCAACUCAGCGACUCGGUCAAAGACAUUCAACGGCACGAGCUCGCGCGGGUGCACUUCAUCAUGAAAAUGAGCGAGGCCUGCGCUCGGUUUCAGGUGCUCGAGGAGAAUCACCUCAGCGCGGUGAAGAGCUUCAUCGACGGCUAUAUCCACACGCUGAUCAACAGCUACGCGAUGUGUGCUUCAAUGUGUCAGGACCUGCAGACGAACGUCGACGCACUCAGCAUCGAAGCGCUGCUCGACCGAUUUUGUAAAGAGCGCGGAACCGGUCGCGACAAGCCCGAGCCCCACAAAAUGCUGCUGGACACGCCUCCGCUCUCCAGCAACUCGCUCCACCACGCGCAGAUGCAUUCGCAGAGUUCCGAGGACGUUUUCAGAUCCGGUCACACGAAUAGCACGGGGAGCAUUUCUGCUUCGACAACGGGAGGCUCGAUAAACAGCCAGCAACUGAAUCAUCUGGCCACGAUGCCACACCAGUCGUCGCAGUCUCGGCUCUCGGAUUUAUUCGAUACCGUGCGAGGACGUCACAGGUCGACGAGCAGCAGAAACAUCGACCAUUCUUCAGCGAACGACCCAUCGUCGGGUUUGGGCUCGGCGGCGAAUCUCAGCUCGUCCAGUACGAUGACGAUGCCCACGACCGGGGUCCUCGUGGAUCAGGAAGGUUACAGUAUACCUCCUCCGCCCACGACGCAGGCGUCGGCCUUGUCGAAAGCGGCUCAAGACAGUUCUAGUGAUGACAGCAGUGAUGACGAUACGACUUCGAAUAGGAUAUUCAAGAUCGAAAUCAAGCCCAUUUCAGAAGCGACCUAUAACGCAACACAAGCCCAACCGGCUCGCUUGGUGUCCCCGCCCGCGAGAACUGUAAUGAGUCCGGAGUUCAACGGGAAUCGAACCCCUCCCACGCUCGCAGAGCUGCCGAAAAGCAUAAUUCCCCGACCGCCGUCCCGGAGGUCGGUCGACGUGUCCUCACCGUCGAUGACGCGAGCCGAGUCUGUCACGUCGAUUGGGUCCGUUUCGACAGGCUGGUCUCGAGGUCCCUCACCCCUUACGCUUGGAUACGGCGAUACGAUUCCGAUAGCCGUAGCUUUCCAGGAAGUCGUCCACGCAUCGUUCCGAGGCGCAGAAGAAGGUCUCUGUCAGGUGAGGAUUUUCGGCGAUAUGAAAAUGUGCUUCCCGGCCGGCAUUCUCAACGUGCUCAUGUCGCAUCCGAACAUACCGCAACUGACAUUCUCAUUGGGAAAUCUUCCUCUGGACAACCUCACCCCGAAUUCGCUAUUGGUCACGUCGGUAGAAGAGCAAUCGGGCACCUUCCGGAUAGAUAUGAACGAGCUCUUGUCGCAGUUGAAGCGUCUCCACGACGCUCACCCCGGCCAGUCCUACUUCAACGUUGAUCUGAUGAAGUACAGUCUAGCCGGUGGGCCCGGGGCGGCGUCGGCCCCCCUGCAUCUCGUCACCUACUGGAACUGCGACUCGACCAAGUCCGACCUCAAGGUGGACUAUCUGUACAACGCGACAGACAAGUGGGCUCAGAGGCCGUGCAACGCCAUAAUUACGGUCACGCUCCCGCCAUCUGCCGCCAUCAGCAACGUACACUCGAAGCCACCCUGUAGUUGGAACGGCGCGUCAAAGACCUCUUGGAAGGUCGUCAACAUCAAAGCCGGAUCCAUCCUGGCUCGCUUCCAGCACGACGGGCCGCUGCACGCCGAUCCUCCGGGAGAGGUCGCGGCCCAGUUCUCUAUAGAGGACGCGUGCUUCAGCGACGCUUCGUUCACGCUUGCUCCCGCCUGCGGUUAUCGUGUGUCUCUGAUCAAGAAGAAAAUCAUCUCCGGUCGCUACACUGCUGUGAUGUGAGAUGUCAGGGCAAUGCGAACAGACGACAUAAGAACGCGCAGGACGGUCAGAAACGCUAGUCAGAUGAUACGUGGAACAACGAGAAGCAAAGUCCAAUAAUAGCCUAAUCUGCGAUAUCUGCUGAGAACAGAGUCGCAGACAGCGAGUGACUCCUCGCAUCGCGAAACAUGUGUCAGUGAGGGUCCGUAGAGUCGAGAACGACUAUCGGUUCCGCGGAAAAUACGUACUCGCUCUCAGGACGACUCAAAUGCCUACAAUAAUUUCCAAGAGGAUGUGUCACGUCGUCGUUGACAGGAGUUAUCAACAGAGUAUUUUGGGGGACAACCUAUUCUGGGAGCUAUUGAGCUGUCGAGGGAAUCAGUCAUGGGAAUCAAAAUCAGUGAUGGGAGCAUAAGUGAGAAAGAUCUUGGGAAAUGGAUGG